AUGACUGCCAAUGGAACAUCGGAGGCUGUCAACGGUAAUGUGCCUCACACAUCAACCCCAUCUGCAAGUACUUCGACCACAACCGCCACGCCAGUCACACAAAUCCAGCUCGCCGGAAAAGUCAUCGCCAUCACCGGCGCCAACAGGGGUAUCGGCCUCGGCAUAGCAAACUCCUGCCUCAGCAACGGUGCCGAACACGUGUUCUCAAUCGACAUCGGCGACGCCGGCGAGGACUUCCUCGCAGUUCAAAAGAAAUACCCAGGAAAGCUCCAUGCCAUCAAAGCGGACGUAACCAGCGAAGCCAGCGCGACCAAAGCCGUCGACCAAAUCAUCGAGCAAGCGGGAACUCUCAGCGGUAUGGUCGUCAAUGCCGGCCGAACGAAUCAUAAGGCGGCUCUUGACUUUACGGAGGAGGAACUGAAUCAGCUCUUCUCCAUCAACCUCUUCGGCUCCUUCUACUGUGCCCGCGUCGCGGCACGAGCUUUCAUUAAGCUAGGCGUGAAAGGCAGUAUUGUCUUCACAGCUUCCAUGGCUUCUUAUCGUCCGAAUAAACGCGUUCCCUCGGCUCCAUACGGUGCUAGCAAAGCUGGUGUGCGCAACAUGACCCACACGCUUGCGAUGGAGUGGGCGCAGUACAAUAUUCGUGUCAACUCUGUUUCGCCUGGUCUUGUUAAUACUGCGAUGACAUAUUGGGUUCCGCAGCAGCCGGAUUGGGAGCAGCAGUUGAAGUAUUAUGGGGGUAUGCCGAGGUUGGCGGAGGUUGAAGAGUUGGGGGGUGCGUAUGUGUAUUUGCUCAGUGAUGCUGCGAGUUAUACGACUUCCAUUGAUAUACCUGUGAAUGGUGUUAUUGGUAUCUGUUAA